GCGCCGCCCUGGGCGGACGCCGCGCUGAACCCGUGCUCCGAGCGCAGCUGGCAGCUGGUGCGCUGGCCGGCCGACGGCCGCUGCUACCCGAUCUUCCAGCGCGGCCCGUGCGACGCCACGCAGGAGCUGGUGUGGGACGCGUCAGCCGGCCGGCCCGCCUGCGCCUGCCCGGCCGGGCACCUGCACCACGCCGCCAGCGCGCGCUGCUACCGGCAUCACACGCGCGGUCCCUGCCCACGGAGACACUUCUUCGCCGAGGACGCGGCGUCGGGCGCCGCCACGUGCCGCCGCUUCGCCGAGUGCCGGCCGGGCGAGAUCUUCUGGCCCGCCGACGGCCGCUGCCACGCCCACCUGACGCGCGGCCCGUGCGGCAAGGGCGAGCUGCUCGCGCUCAACCGGCUGACGCUGGAGCCCGAGUGCGGCUGCAGCCGCCGUCAGAUGGCGCGCAGCUACUGGCCCACGCGCGGCGUCGUUGAAUGCGCCUGCCACGCGCGCAUGCUGGAGAACUACGACGCGCGCACGGGCCAGUGCUUUCCGCAGGGCGGGCGCGGCCCGUGCCCACCCGGCAACACGUUCGCCUUCAACAACGCGACGCGCCGCACAGAGUGCCGCUGCCCGGCCGGCAGCCUGGUGCGGCCCGAGACGGGCGCCUGCCACCGCGCCUUCACGCAGGGCCCGUGCCCGCGCGGCCGCUUCGCCUCGCCGCGGCCCGGAGCGCCACACCAGGCCGUCUGCGUGGCCAACCCGUGCCAGCGCGGCGAGCUGUACUUCCCCGACGACGGCUUCUGCCACCGGAUCGGGCGGCGCGGCCCAUGCCCGGCCGGCCAGCUGGUGCAGUACGAGGCGUUCCGCGGCGUCAGCUACCGUGGCGCGUGCGGCUGCACCGAGCACUUCACACAGAACUACUGGCCGGCCGACGGCCGCUGUUACGAACAGCACACGCGCGGCCCGUGCCCGGCGCGGCUCACGUUCGUCUACAACGCGACGAGCGGCCGGACCGAGUGCCAGUGCGCAGCGCGGCGCGGGGCGCAAGCUGCCGUGCUCGAGCGGCUCGAGCUGAUGCGCAUCACGCGGUGA